GCACCUUCACAGAAACAUUCACAAAGACAUUUGUAGUAACUUUGCAAAGACAUUUACAAAAACAUUCGCAGAGAUAUUUGCAAGAACAUUUACAGAAGCUUUUGCAGAAACUUUUGCAGAGACUUUUGCAAAGAUUUUUACAGAAACUUUCACAGAAUUUUUUGCAAGAACUUUCGCAAAACUUUUUUUGCCACAGCAGAUUUUGAUUUUG